AUGGUGGAUUCCAAUCCCCCUCCCGACCCUCAGGAGAUUCAGAGACUUUCUCUAGCAGCUGCUGACGCCGCUGCGCAACAAAAGCUCUCUGCAUCUACCUCCACCGACAUCACCAUGCAGGACCCGACCGCAACACCCACGGUCGACGUGUCGGCGGCUGCCAAUCUUCCCAAAACGACACCUCUACAAGUGCAACUACCUCCCCACUUCCCGGAAGAUCAGCUCACGCUGGCACUGACCACCUUGAGCGGCGCCGAGCCACGUCCACUCGUCAAUAUUGAGCGUCUCCAAUCUCCCGAUGCCGACCUCGUACUUCACCUAUAUGACAUUGCCCUGAAAGCGUUAGGCUGGAAAGAGCAGGUCUCCGCGCUUCGAGAAGCCCAGGAAGGCGCCCAAGCCAGCUUGACUGCUAUCAAGGCCACCAAUGACCGACUGGAGCAGGAUGUACAAAAGGAGAGCACUGCCGCAGUCGAAGCUUUACGUCUCAAAGACAUCUUGCAGGCUGAAGUCGUCAACCUUCAGAACCAGAUCGGCGCGCUACAGACUGCGCUCGACGAUGAAAAGCGAGCGAACGAGGCAUCCAAGGAAAAAAUCACCCAACUAGCAGCCGAACUGGCCGCCUCGCACGAACAGGUUGCCUCGCUCACUGCAGAAGUCGAGACAGAACGCAGAGCCAAGGAGCUUGUCCGAAGCGAAAAGGAUCGACUCUCAGCCGAGCUUGUUGGCGUUAGUGCACAGCUUACAACUCUCAAAAGCUCCACCGAAACCGGCGUGCGACAGGCUGCCGAAGUCCGUGGAAGGCUCGAUCAAGCGGAGCAAGAGAAGCGCGACAUCCUCGCCAGUCUUCAACGUGAACGUGAGGAGAGCACCCGCAAGGCCGAAGAAAUCAACACGCUGCUCUCCCGCAACCGCGACGCCCGCCAAGAAAUUUCACGCCUCGCCACAUCCGUGCAAGAAUCACGCAGUCAAGAGAACAUCGCCAAGUUCAAGUUGCAAGGUCUCGAACAGGAAAUCAAGCUUACCAAGAAAGAUGCCGAGUGGGCUCACGAGCAGCUGCUCAAGCUCAACGAGUCUUCUGCCACCUUCCGCGCAGCCAAGCGUGCUGAACUCAGCCGCGCUCAGGCUGAAUUGGAUGCCGCGCGUCAAGAAGCCGCCGUCGCGCGCUCCAAGGUCGAAUCUUUACAGACAGCUUACAACGAAGCCAGCACCAAGCUCAGUCAGACUUCGGACAAAGUUGCCGACCUUUCUGCUCGUCUUUCUUCCCAGGAAGACUCUUUUCGCUCCGAGGUUGGCAGCCAGAGCCAACUCGUCAAGCUGCUUGAGAGAAGAGCCGAACACUCUUCGCAGCGCAUCGCUGAGCUCGAACAGCAGUGGGAAGAGGUACUUGAACAGUGCCGAACCCGAGAGCAAGAGGCUUGGGCAGAGACACAGAAGGAGGUGGAGCUGCGCCAGGCUCUCGAAGAGGAGAACCGCGAGCUCUCGAACGCUCUCGACCGUCUAGCUGAAGGCGUCGGCAUCGGCCAAGGCCACCGCGAAAAUGGCGACGCCCUUCUCAACCAAACUCUCGAUGCCAUGAGCGAUGGCGACGCUGACUCUGACGUACGCAGCACUGCUUCAACACCACGACGAGCCGGCCUUUUGGGCACCGCCGCUUCUUUCAACCACAGCUUUGGCAUUUCGCCCACCGCAGAAAUCGCUAACCGCAUUCGCAAGUCGGGCAAGAGCUUCAGCCAGAUCUACAUGGAGCUUGCCAAGACGCAAGAGGAGCUUCGUCGAGAGAGGCUCGAGACGAAUCGACUUGGCUCGGUUCUUGCGCAGGUCAUGGAUGAGCUGCAGGAGCGUGCUCCUCAACUCCAAGCGCAACGCGAAGAGACCGAGCGUCUCACGGCUGACCUCGACGAGAUGGUUGCCCAAGUCGCUAUGGUUUCGCAGGAACGAGACGCGGUGCGAGCCGAGGCGAAACGGCUGACGCUCGAUCUGGAAAGCAUCACUCGCGAGAACGGUUUCAUGUCGCAGCAACUUGCUGACCUUGGCCGUCAGGUACGUGAGCUUACCAAAUCCAUCAUCCUGCGCGAUGAUCCCAGUGCUGCUGAACGCCUCGAAGACGAUGGCAGCUUCCUCGCUGAGCUCGACGCCAUCGCUCCCCUCCCCGACACGCUCCCCGAAUCCGACACGCAGGCCGUCAUCACCACCGAGCUCGUCACAUUCCGCUCUCUGACCGAGCUCUGUAGCCAGAACGCUCGACUGCUUCAGGUGACUCGCCAGCUGGGGGCCAAGAUGGAGGAAGAGGAGCGCAACUACAAGGCACGCCUCGCUGACGAUCAGGACGAUGCCGUUAACGAAGCGCGCGAAUUGAUCGUGCGACUCGAAGACGAAGUGCGCCAGGAGCGGUUCAAGGUGGAGGAGGUAAGCAAGGAGCGUGAUUUGUUCCGUCAACUCUGCGCCACCGGCGGUCGCAGUGCCGAUAACGAGAAACUCGAAGAGACCUCCUCCAACGCAAUCGUGCCCAUGAAGUCUGGCCUGCCGCUGGCCGAGUACGAAGCACUGCGAUCUCGACACGAACGACUCAAGUCGGAAACUGAUGCGGAGCUCUCCCGCUACCGCGAGGAAAUCCGAUCUCUGCAAGCGGAAUUGAGCAAAACGACAGUCGACUCGGCCCGUGAGCAUACCCUUCGUCAAGCCGCCGAGGACAAAUUUGCCAAUCUUCAGCGGACAUUCCAGCUCACCAAGACCGACCUAGAUGAGCUGUCGAAACGAGCAACAAGUCUUCAGGAGAGUUUUACGCGCAGAGACAUUUCCGUGCAGAUGCUCGAAGAGCAGCUCAUCCAGUCUCGCUCCACUUUGGAGCAACUGCGCACCCAAGUAUCGAGUUUGCAGGCUGAGAAGGAGGUCUGGAAGUCUCUCGAGACCAAGCUCCUAGAGGAGAACCGUGACAUGCAGGUUGAGCGGAGCAGCCUCCAAGAGCUCGUCCGCACCACCCAAGCCAUGCAGUCUGAGCUUGAGCAGCGUGGGCAGGAUGCCAAGUCUCGCCUUGAGCAAGACGUAAAGCGGCUCGACGAAAUCAACGCGGAUCUUCGCAGCCGACUCGCCGCCGAGCAGGAUCUCUACCGACAACUCAGCCUCCGCCGCGAGAUCGAGACAAAGGACUUGCAAAGUCGCAUCGACCUCUCCAGUUCCGAGCUAAGCAGCGCUCGCGAGGCGCUCGCUAUUGCUCGCACCAGCGCGGAUCACACGCAGCUUCGUGUCGAGGAUUUGACCCGCCAGCUCGAAUCCAUCCAGGAGAAGCUCAGCAUCUACGAGCGUCGUGAUCAGCUCUCGCGAGAUGCAGUUGGUUUCCGCGCUCAAGCUGACAUUCAGCUGUCAAGGGAGGAACAGCUCGAGAUUGAACUGUCCGACCUCAAAGCCGGACGAGCGGCUGCACAGCUCGAGGUGCGCAAGAGCAAGCUAGAGGUGGAGCAAGCGGCCGCUGCUGUGGCUGAAAAGGACGCCGCGCUCUCUGCCCUGACGCAGGAGCACGACCGACUCAAGGACAGCACCUCGUCUGAACUCACCUCCAAGUCUGCAGAGAUCGAUGGACUGCAGCAGCAGGUGGCCAGCACCUCGUCUCAGCUCUCCGCUGUCCAAAUGCAGCUGCAGGAACUGCAGCAGCAGCUCGAAAUUGAGCGCUCAGCUUUCCAAGCCGAGAAGAAAUCCCUGGAAGAUGCGAUCACUGAGCUCGGUACCGUCGAGGAGCGCGCCCGUGCCGAGCAGGAAGAUGUCAAGAGCGAGAUUCGCAAGCACGUUCAAACCUCCAAAGCUGCGCAGCUCAAGCUCGACGAAGUUACCAAGCAGGUUGACACGCUCACUAACGAGCUUGCCGAGGUGCGCGAGCAGCUCAAGAAAGCUAGGCAAGAUGCAAGCGCGCUCCGCAGCUCCAAGGAUCUGGCUGAAGCGGAAUGGGGCCGCGAAAAGGCGAGCUGGAAUGCCGUGCGCCAAGCGCUCGAGCGCGAGAAGGCCGAUUUGCAGCGCAAGAUCGACGACCUCACUACCCAGAACCAGAUCCUUCACACACAUCUGGAGACCAUCAACGCGCAAGCCAACCAGAUGCGUGAGGCCGCCGCAGCGCCUCUUCCUUCCAUGGACGUCGAGAAGGAGCUUGAACAGGUCAGCAAUGCUGUGCCGGCGUCAAGUGAGCCGGCUGCUGCUGCAACAACAGACGUUGCCGAUUUAUCUGUCGAGCCCGCUGCUCAGGGAGUAACAGAAUCUUCUAAAGUCGCCGACGAAGGUGCUUCAGCUUCAGGAACUGGAGAACCAGUCACCACGGAGGCGCCGGUGUCCAAGCCUGUGCCUCCCGUUGAGGUCAAACAAGAGGAAGGAAGCACAUCAGGCUACGAGUUGGCUCACUCCCUUAUGAAACGCCGCGUCGAAGAGCUUCAUGAGGUCGUCAAAUUCCUGCGACGCGAAAAAGAGAUUGUCGAUUUGCAAAUGGAGAUCAACAAGCAGGAAACGUCGCGACUCAAGCAAACUUUGGAGCAUGUUAACAAGACGCUCGCCGAAACACGCUCCGAGCUCGAUACGGAGAGGGCCAAAACCGCCUCCUCGGCCAGCACCACCAGCCGGCACGUCGAGUUACUCGAAAAGAUCAAUCAGCUGAACGAGCUGCGCGAAAAUCACAACACGUUGCAAGAGAGCGCCAGCCGUGGUGAGAUGCGCAUCGCUCAACUCGAGUCUGAGCUGCGUGCAGCUAACACGGAGCUGGAACCCGUUCGAGAGCAGCUUCGCAACGCGCAGAUUGAGCUCGAGGCGUCGCAGGCUGAGCUCAACGUGAUGCGCGAGGAUAGCAAGCGAUGGCAGUCGCGAGCUCAGUCACUUCUGCAGUCUCACGGCAUGAACGAAGAGAUGCAAAAGGCCGAGCAGCAGUAUGGUGAAGCUCAGCAAAAGAUCAAAGAGCUGGAGACCAAGCUGAAGGAAAGCGAAUCCGCAACGGAAGGUGUCAAAGCAGAAUUGGUGACGGCAAAACAGAACUUUGAAAAGCUCAGAGAGCAGGUACGCGCCAGGAUUGCGGCUGAGCGAAAGGCCGUAGCUGAGGCUCAAGAGAAGCUGGUGGCACUGCAAAAGGAAAAGGACGAGGAUGCGGCCAAGUACCAGGAAGCGAUCGCAACACACGAGGCCAAUGUUGCCCAGCUCAUUGUCGAAAGGGAUGCACUGAAGCAACAGCUAGAAGAGGCACAGGCUUCGGCUUCUUCAACCGUCGCAGAUGGUCACGGUGGAGCAGCAGCCACCAUUGCUACUGGCGAAACCUCGGUUGCACCUACUGCCGAGGUUGAAGCAGCAGCAGCAUCAACAAAUGCUGUCGAUCAGCAGGCAGCCAUCCAAGCCGCGGUCGCCGAAGCGCAAAAGCAAUUCGACGAGAUCAAGGCCAAGCUCGAAGCCGAAAAGCAAGAGGUCGAGGCUGCUCGUGACAAGCACCUUCAAAGGGGCCGGGAGUUUCUUCGGGACAGGCGCGCAGCUCAAGCCGAGGUGCAGGAACGUGACGCCACGAUCGCCCAGCUCAAGAAAGAGUUUGCCGAGAACAACGCAGAAGCGAUUGAAAAGGCUGUGCAGGAGCGUCUUGCAGCCGGUGGCAAUGGUAACAUUUCUACAGGCGCUGCCGAUGCUGGAUCCGACCUGUCCAUCCUCCGAAUGCGUGUUGUGGAGCUUGAAGGAAAGCUGCAGGCUUCCGAGACGAGGAUCCGCGAACUCGAAGCCCAGCUUGCGUCUUGCAAUGUUCCUACUGACAUAGCCGAACUCAAAGCGACGCACGCUCGGGAACUGCAAGAAUUGCGAACCUCGCUCGAGCUCAAAUAUGCUCAGUUGCCAGCCAGUGUUGAAGGCAACGACGUGGAAUCGCAGGUUCAACAGCGACUCAGCGCUCUGGAGGCCGAACGCCAAGUAGCGGUGCAAGAGGCUAUCGCAGCUGCAGUCUCUGUGCGCGAAGCGGAGCUGAAAGCGCAACACGACGAGAAUGCUAAGGCACGCUUCGAGGCGGGCAAGAACGAGGCGAAUUUGAGGAACACACUGAUGAUCAAGCAGAAGGACAACAAGAUCGCUAAAUUGACAGCCGAGAUCGCGGCGCUCAAGGGGGAGGAGGUGGCUGGUGCUGGGACGACGGGUGCGCCGACCGGACCGGCUGGCAGCGGAGCGGGUGCCGGUGGUGGGGCUACUAAUCUGCCCACUCGACCGGGGGUGUUUGGACGCGGAGCAGCACAGGCGGGGCGCGCUACGCCACGCCCAGCAGUAGCCAGACCCAUUCCCACCGGUCCCGCCAACCCGGCCAAUCCAGUGUCCACUCCCGCGGCAAAUGCAACACCUAAAACCGUCGCGUCGAUCCGCGGAGCUGCUGCAGGACGAGGUGGCACAACGCGCAUCGCGCACGCUGCAGCUCGCGGCGGUCGAGGCGGCACCACUGCAGGCGCCAAGCGCAAGCUGUCUACCCAAGGCCUCAACACCUCCAACGCUGCCAAUGCCGCAGCCGCCGACGGUCAGGGCGGCGCCAAGAAACCCAGAGCUGCCGGUGCGCCCAUCGCGCUCAAGAAGCCCGGCCAGGGCGGAGCGGGCCAGUAA